UCGUCGCCGUCGUCGUCAUCGUCGUCGCCGUCGUCGUCGUCGUCGUCGGCGACUGCAUCGGUGAUAGAAUUGAUAGGAUUGGUACGAACAAGGGCAACGACGGGAGCAACCACGGUGCUAGCGCCGAUCAGGACGGCGAUAACGUCCUUCUAGUCGAGGACAAGCCGAGCGACAAUUAGGCUCGAUCAGGCCUCGAGACCCGCGGUGCCGCUCCACGUCUACGCGCGUGUACGGCCGGACGCGGCCGCGCUACCUGUGCGCGCGCGCGUCCGCGCGCACUCCACUCGCUCGCUCGCGCGCGCGCUGGUGAUCGUCGUCGUCAGCGAGAGGGAAUCGCCGAGAGACGGGCGCAGUGGGAAGGAAGUCGCGCGCGAGAGAGAGGUUAGGUUUAUUACGGAAGAAAGAUAACAGCCGCGCGGAGGAGCCAUGGCCGACCACCUGGUGGACGGCCCUCCGCCGAAGCGGCCGAAGCUCGAUCCGUUCCAGGGGACAUCGGACUCGACGGUAGUGGGUAUGCCGCCUUUAUUGAUGCACCCUGCUUAUACGAACUACGGGGGAGGUGGAAGUAACUUACAACAAAUACAGGCCCCACCGCAACAGCUACAUCUACAACACCAUCAGCUGCAGCCGUGGAAUACCGUCCAAAAAAGAAAUUACAUAACAAACACAGAAAUGUUCGAUCUUGAAAAUGAUCUUCCUGAUGACUUGCUGUCGUCUGGAUCUUGGGGUUCCACGACCGAGAGCACCAAGCCGCCGGCGACUGGUCCUGGCCCAGGGCAGCAAAACGGUGCUCUCGAUUCAGAACUUCGACAACAUGUGCAACAGCAGCAGCAACAACUUUCCCAUCAUCUUAUUCAGCAGCAGGGUAACAAAAACUUGGUGGCGAAUUCCUUGGUAAUGGCUGCCGGAACGUUAGGCAACAAAAGUCCGAAUAUGCAGUCGCCACCGAACGUUUCCGUUUCUAAAGGAGGAAUAGACCCGCAAAUGGUCGUGAGCCUUGGUAAUCUACCAAGCAGUAUAGCCAGCUCAUUGGCAAAUAAUCAAAUGUCAAUCGCGAAUUCGAUGGGCGGAUUGCAAUCGUCCAUGAGCAUGGCCGGAAGUAACCCCGCAAUGUCGAUGCCAGGCGGCAUGAAUUCCGGUUUAGUGAUGACCAGUACCGCUAGCGGGAACAAUAUGGGAGGAAUGGCCGGCGGGAGCUUGAUAGUAACUAACAGUUUAAAUAAGCAACCUCUAAAUACAGUAACAAUGAUGGGCCCUAAUACUCAAGCGAUACAUCAUUCUACCGGGCCCCAUGGGGUCACAUCGAUGCAAAAUGGUCCCGGGAUGAUGAAUACAAGAGCUGUGGCGAUGCAGCAGCAACAGCAAGCGCAUAUGGUCGGUCCGACAAGAGGGCAGAGUCCUCACCAACAGGUGCAUCAAGUUGGCAUCGUUGGUCCCGGCCAGGGUGGGCCUAGGAUGCAGGCUCCUCCUAACAUGGCAAAUAUGCCAAAUAUGGGGCAAUUAGCAGCAUCCAAUCCAUACAGCUACGGUUCCCCAAGUGGUGGACCAGGAGCAGGAGUAACUGUAUGCGCCAAUAAUCCCGUAGGUAUCGUCAAGCCGCAGCAAAAGGGUGUAGGAACGAACAUGACUCCUAUGCAAGCAGCAGCCGCCGCCAGCAGAUUUACCAGUACUGCUGGUCCGAUUGGCGCUACGAAUGUCGUGGGCGGUCAAGAGGGUGGAACGGCACAACAGGCACAACCACCUGCGCCAAGUCCGGCUCAGCCUCAAUCAGGUGCGCCGACCGGAGGACAGCCGGGUCCACAACAAGCUACUCAAGGACAAAUAUCUGGUACCGGUGCUCCAACAGGUCCUGCAAAAUCAACGCCCGAUCCAGAAAAAUGUAGACUCAUACAGCAACAGUUGGUGUUACUUUUGCACGCUCAUAAAUGCCAACGACGCGAAAGCCAAGCAAACGGCGAAAUGAAACAAUGCACUUUACCAGAUUGUAAAACAAUGAAAAAUGUUUUAAAUCAUAUGACGAACUGUGCAGCGGGCAAAAAUUGUUCGGUGCCCCAUUGUAGCAUGUCCAGACAGAUCAUCAGCCAUUGGAAACAUUGUAAUCGGAGUGAUUGCCCGGUCUGUUUGCCGAUAAAGCAAGCCAAUAAGAACCGAAAUACUAAUUCUGCACAAGCACCAAUAGUCCAACCAAAUAAUCAGCCAAAUCCAAGUCCAACCGAGAUGAGAAGAGCUUAUGAUGCAUUAGGGAUUCAAUGUCCAGCAUCAACACCGGGACUCUUGCCUGGCCAAGGCGUUGGUAGAGGCGGUAGAAUGCCAGCUCCCAGCAUGUCGGGUCCUCCAGGGACACUGGGAAAUGUCAGAUUAACACAACCUCAGACACAGACUGUGCCGGGACAGUCCGUAGUCGGUGCUGGACAACAAGUAGUCGCUCCAAAUGUAUCUCUUCCUCUAAAUUCCGAUCCUAGCACGGUCGGGGUAGCUGGUAAUCAGACGGUACCGACGACCGGACCUACGUCUGCCGCGGCAGCAGCUGCUGCCAAUAUACAACAGUCCGUCAGCAUGCAAACGUUGUUUGGAUUAAAUGAAUCUGGGCAACCUGGUGUGAUAGGUGGAGAAAAUAGAUUAAAUCUGCAACUUCCAGGCGGUCUUCAACCCGGUCAAGUAACAGCGACACCGGUACAAGGAACGAAGGAGUGGCAUCUAUCUGUCACUCCAGAUCUCAGGAAUCAUUUGGUUCAUAAAUUGGUUCAAGCAAUAUUUCCGACACCUGAUCCGCAAGCUAUGUUGGAUAAAAGAAUGCACAACUUAGUCGCUUAUGCAAGAAAGGUGGAAGGUGACAUGUAUGAAAUGGCUAAUUCACGAUCGGAAUAUUAUCAUCUGUUGGCUGAGAAAAUCUACAAGAUUCAAAAAGAACUUGACGAAAAGCGACAAAAACGUAAGGAACAGCAACAACUCGCCCAACAGCAGCAGCAACAGCAACCUCAGCCGGCGGGUACCUCUGGUCCUGGGCUAAGGCCAUGUGCUCCUCCAAAUGUAGGAACUGUUCCGGGAGCUUCGAAACCUGUCGGAACAGUUCCACCUACUUUACGAAGCCACUCACCGAGCAUGGGUCAGCUUGGAACAAUAUCAACGAUGGCAAUGCAGCAACAUAACAGAAUGCAGUUCCCGCAGCAACAGCAGCAAGCUCAAACUCAACAACAACAGGCUCAGCAACAACAACAGCAAGUACAACAGCAAGUUCAACAGCAGAUACAGCAGCAGCAACAAGGGAUUUUGGUAGGCCCUCCUGGCCCUAGCCCAAAUGGACAAUCCACAUCCAAUGCCAAUAUGGUACCGAAUCCUGGACUCAGCCCGUUUGGACAGCCUCAAAUGUCCCAAGCUAACCUCACGACCACCACUGCGUCAAACAACGCAACGACUAGUCAAUUUCCGACAUCCAAUGGCACAGCUGCUGGUUUACCUAACAGUUCUCCUAUUCAGAAUCAGCAUCAGUUUCCCGAGCUCAUGAAAGUCAGAUUGGCGCAAGCACAAGCUCAGGCGGUACAGCAACAACAGCAGCAGAAUCAGCAGCCGCCGCAACCGACGAGUACUCCAAGUCAAGUUGGUACUCCGGCAACAUCGAUUCCACAAGCACCAUCACCGUUCAGUAGUAUGCAACAACCGAGCGCGCAACAACAGCAACAACAGUCGCAGCAACAAUCGAAUCAACAAUUCCCUACUCGGCCGUUAUCGGCUUCUACACCUAAUGAUAACGGUAUCAACACAUCAACUCCACAAACGAUACCAACACCUGCGACUAGCGGACCGAGCCCAACAGGUGGCGUAUCCGCGACAACUACGGGUACGACGAACGGACCUCAGUCGACCACCUCCACACCGAACACGCCACUUGUACCAUCGCUAAUGACACCAAAUCAAACUGUUUCGUCUGCGUCAAAUCAGACGCCGCCUCAUUCGGGCCCGACUCCAUCCCCAGCUGGACUCGCGAGUCUUGGUAAAGGUAUGACUUCCCAGGAGCGAGCAGCGUUGAACACCCCGCGCAGCACAUCCAUGUCCUCGCAAAUGGCUGCCAUUACGGCAGCGCUAGAUCGCGAUAAUUCACCCAGUCCACCAAUGAACAACAACAAGGGCAAGUUAGAUUCCAUCAAGGAAGAAAUAAAGAUGGAAAUUAAACAAGAACCCGAAGAGCCACAGACCCACAGGAUGGACGGAAAGAGUAUGAAUACCGAGAUUAAUAUUAAAACCGAGCCGAAAACCGAACCAAUGGAGGAAUGCUCAAAUGAAGCGACCGUUAAGGAGGAGCCCUCCAUUAAGGAGGAGAGCAUGACUCCUGUAUCUGGUCAAGAUGCGACCGCUUCCGACAUCAAACCUGUAGUGCCGGAACCAAUUCAAUCGAGUGGCACGUCCACCGAUAAGAAGAAAUGUCUAUUUAAGCCUGAAGACCUGCGACAGGCAUUGAUGCCUACAUUGGAGAGGCUUUAUCGACAAGAUCCGGAAUCCAUGCCUUUUCGACAGCCUGUGGAUCCGCAAGCUCUGGGUAUACCUGAUUACCCGACUAUCGUGAAAAAGCCGAUGGAUCUAUCGACGAUCAAGAAGAAACUCGAUACGGAAAAGUAUAGCGAUCCGUGGGAGUAUGUCGAUGAUGUAUGGAUGAUGUUUGACAAUGCUUGGUUAUAUAACCGCAAGACUUCCCGUGUCUAUAGAUAUUGCACCAAGCUCUCGGAAGUGUUCGAACAGGAGAUAGAUCCCGUGAUGCAGGCAUUAGGUUAUUGCUGCGGCAGGAAGUACACGUUCAACCCACAGGUGCUCUGUUGCUACGGCAAGCAGCUCUGCACGAUACCUAGGGAUGCAAAGUAUUAUUCGUAUCAGAAUAGUGGUCUAAAGGGAAUUGGUCUUCUUUCCGACAGAUACACCUUCUGUCAGAAAUGUUUCAACGACAUUCCUGGUGACACAGUGACAUUGGGAGAUGACCCAACGCAACCUCAAACUGCCAUCAAGAAGGAACAGUUUCAAGAGAUGAAGAAUGAUCAUUUAGAAUUGGAACCUUUUGUAACCUGCACGGACUGUGGUAGGAGAGUACAUCAAAUUUGUGUACUCCAUAUGGAAACAAUCUGGCCAUUGGGAUUUACCUGUGAUAAUUGCUUAAAAAAGAAGGGACAGAAACGCAAAGAGAAUAAGUUCAACGCCAAACGAUUGCCCGUAACGAAACUCGGCACGUAUAUCGAAACGCGCGUGAACAAUUUCCUAAAGAAAAAGGAAGCGGGCGCCGGUGAGGUCGCGAUCAGAGUGGUCGCUUCCAGCGACAAGGUGGUUGAAGUCAAGCCUGGUAUGCGAAGUAGAUUUGUAGAGAAUGGCGACAUGCCUGGUGAAUUUCCUUACCGCGCGAAGGCGCUGUUCGCGUUCGAGGAGGUCGACGGCACGGAUGUCUUUUUCGGUAUGCACGUGCAGGAAUACGGGAGCGAAUGUACGGCGCCGAAUACCAGACGAGUUUACAUCGCAUAUCUGGACUCUGUCCAUUUCUUCCGGCCUAGACAAUUUCGAACGGCUGUGUACCACGAGAUUCUUCUCGGAUACCUCGACUACGCGAAGCAGCUUGGAUACACUAUGGCUCAUAUUUGGGCUUGUCCGCCUUCCGAAGGGGACGAUUAUAUCUUCCACUGCCAUCCCGCAGAACAAAAAAUACCAAAGCCUAAGAGAUUGCAGGAGUGGUACAAGAAAAUGUUGGAUAAGGGAAUGGUCGAGAGAAUCGUGCUCGACUACAAGGACAUUUUAAAACAAGCUAUGGAAGACAGGCUUUCAUCCGCGGCGGACUUACCAUAUUUUGAGGGUGAUUUCUGGCCAAACGUAUUGGAAGAAAGUAUUAAAGAAUUAGAUCAAGAAGAGGAAGAGAAGCGCAAACAAGCUGAAGCAGCGGAGGCCGCCGCUGCUGCGGCAAACGCGAUAUUUUCAUUGUCCGAAGACGCGGAAACUCCAGACGGCAAGAAAAAGGGCCAAAAGAAGGCGAAAAAAUCCAACAAAUCUAAAGCGAAUCAAAGAAAAAAUAGCAAGAAAUCGAAUACUCCUCAGACCGGCAAUGACCUUUCUGCGAAAAUCUUUGCCACCAUGGAAAAGCACAAAGAGGUGUUCUUCGUCAUUAGGUUGCACAGCGCUCAAAGUGCAGCCAGUUUAGCACCUAUUCAAGAUCCUGAUCCUGUUAUCAAUUGUGAUCUAAUGGACGGCCGUGACGCCUUUCUCACGAUGGCGAGGGAGAGGCAUUACGAAUUUUCAUCGCUCAGAAGAGCGAAGUUCAGUUCCAUGUCCAUGUUGUACGAGUUACAUAAUCAAGGCCAGGACAAAUUUGUUUACACUUGUAAUAACUGCAAAAGUCAUGUGGAAACCAGAUACCAUUGUACAGUUUGUGACGAUUUUGAUUUAUGCGUGAGUUGUAAAGAUAAAGAUGGCCAUCCGCAUCCAAUGGAGAAACUUGGCUUCGAUCUGGAUGAUGGCUCAUCUCCGGCCGAUGCAAAACAGACAAAUCCACAAGAGGCCCGAAAACUAUCGAUACAGAGAUGCAUUCAGUCAUUGGUACAUGCCUGCCAGUGCAGAGACGCCAAUUGCCGUUUGCCGAGUUGUCAGAAGAUGAAACGAGUAGUGAUGCACACGAAGAAUUGCAAGAGAAAGACAAAUGGCGGUUGUCCUAUAUGUAAACAGUUGAUUGCAUUAUGCUGUUAUCAUGCGAAACACUGCCAAGAGACCAAAUGUCUCGUUCCGUUCUGUUCCAACAUCAAGCACAAGAUAAAGCAGCAACAGUUGCAGCAACGAUUACAGCAAGCGCAAUUGCUUAGGAGGCGAAUGGCUGUGAUGAAUACGAGGCCAACCGGACCUGUAGCUGCAAUGCAGGCCGGACAGCAGACCUCGAAUGUUGCCAUGACGACUGGAGUCGCCAUGAAGCCCGGCGUCAGCACGUCGAAUCUACCGUCACCACAUCAACCAGGUAUCGGAUUAAAGCCUGGUACGCAGACACCUCCCGCUCAUGUUCUACAGGUGGUGAAGCAGGUACAGGAAGAAGCAGCGAGACAGCAAGCACCGCACGUCAGUUAUGGUAAGGUGACACCGGGUGCUGGAGUAGGUGUAGGUGUCGGUGUAGGUGGUCAAACAGGUGGAGUGAUGCCGCCACCGCAGAUGCAGCGGUCGUUACCAGUUCAGAUGCCGAAUCCUAGCGGCACGCAUCUCAUCCCAAUGGAUCAAUGGACGCCAAGUAGGUACCAACCGAACACAGUGAUGCAACAAAAUCCCAACUUGGCACGGCAGCAGACGCCACAGCAGCUAAUGCAGCAACAGCAGCAACAACAUCAGGCUCAAUCGGGGAUGGGAAUGAGUGCACAAAUGCCACGACAACCGGGCGUGAUUGGACCGGUCGGACAGGUCGGGCAACAGACAACCAAUAUGCAGAAGCACGCUCUUCAUCAGCUGAUGCAGACUCUCAGAAGUCCACACACGCCCGAUCAGCAGAAUCAAAUACUCCAUAUACUCAAGAGCAAUCCGCCGUUGAUGGCCGCCUUUAUCAAGCAACGAGCGAUUGUUCAUCAGCAACAACCUGGUCAGCAUGGCGGGGGAGUGGGCGGUCCGUUGGGUACUAAUCAACCCCAACAGCAGCAGCCUGGUCUGCAGCAUAUGAUGUCCCAACAGCAGCAGCCACAGCAGCAGCAACCGCAACAACAGCCGCAGCAGCAGCAGCAACAACAGGGUAGGUUGCAGAUACAGAUGCUGACACAACAAGCGCAACAACAACAGCCGGUGCAGCAGCAGCAGCAGUCGCAAUGGUACAAGCAGCAGAUGCUGGUGAUGCAACAGAGACAGCAGCAGGUGGCUCAACAGCAGCAGCAGCAGCAACAGCAGCAGCAGCAACAGCAGCAGCAGCAGCAACAGCAGCAGCAGCAGCAGCAGCAGCAGCAGCCGUUUACGCAACCACCAGCACCGCCGUAUGGUCAGCAACGGCCUAUACGGCCGUCUCUUCUUGGUAAUUACAUGAUCCAUCGUAAUUACUUUGAAAGCAGUCAGGGUUUAGUACGCAGCGUGUUUUCUCGACACCAACGCUUGCCCAACUCCCUAGGUUACGGCGGAUUCAACGAACAGGGCUACGGUCAGCCAGGUCUGAAACCUACUCCGCCGCCCGUGCCCUCGCCGCAAGGCGUCAUGGGUCCGCCGGGGAUCUCCGUACAGCAACAGCUUAUGCAGUCAGUUCGUUCGCCACCGCCCAUCCGAUCUCCACAGCCCAACCCUUCGCCACGACCUGUCCCUUCUCCUCGUAAUCAACCGGUACCGUCGCCGCGGUCGGGCCCGGUGCCGUCACCACAUCAUCAUCCGCCUCACGGCACACCGACGCAUUCGCCGGCCCACGAACUCGGCGGUCCUAGCGAGAUGAUGCUCUCGCAGUUAAGUGGCGGUCCAGGUGCACCAACCGGCCAUCCCGCCGCGAUGCCUCAUCAUCCCUCGCCGGCGCCGGCGCCCACGAAUGGCGGCGCAGACGCCAACGAGGUGACGCCGAUGACGCCGCAGGACCAACUCUCCAAGUUCGUCGAGGGGUUGUAGUGACUGUUACGGACGAUCACGUCGGUCGAUGGUUAUGUAAGUGUUUCCCUUAACGGAGACGACAACGGCGGCGCUUGGACGGCUGCGACCGUCUGCACCGCGUGAUUAUAAAUAAUACGAAGCGUUCGAGGAAUUAUGAUAAUUCUAGAUAAUUAAAACUCUUAAAACUCGCGUGCAUGCGCGUGCAGAUGGAGACUGAAAUAGGAAGCCUGACGCGCGUUCCAUUGAGUUCCAUUGAGCGCUAGAGCCUGACGUGCCUGAGGAUUUGGACUCCCUCAGGGUCGGAGGACGAUUCCCGAUCUCUCGCGAUCCUCGACGUCGCGACCGAAAUGCUCGGUUCGCGCGCGCGUAUUUUCCCUUUCGAUUUUCUUACGUGAUACGUCGAAAGGAAAGAGCGAAAGAUAAUGUGACGUUGGUGCUUUUCAAUGCUACUUGACCUGACUCAGAUAGACUCAAAAUUGUUUUCAUCCUUGAUCGAGAAAGAGAGAGAGAAAAAAAAGAAAAGAAAGUCGCUAGAAGGAGGAGGUACGAAAAAACUAAAAGCGAAACUAUCGAAAGACUAUUACGUAUUCCCCCUCGUAUCCUCCAGAGCCCCCUCGACUCUACCACUUUUCCUCGCUGCUACUCGUGCAGGGUGAGUGAAAUCGUACAAAUAUAUAUAUAUAUACAUAUAUGUAUGUUGUGUAUACUUAACGUUAAUUAAUAAUAGUUCAAAUACUAUUAGCUCAUAAUUAGUAUCGUAAAUGUACGCAAUUAUAUACCAAUUAUUAAUAUUAACGUAACGAGAAAUACAAAGUAUAUGAUAAAGAAGACUUGUAUGAAAGAAAUGAUAAUAUAGAUAGGCAGAAUCCAGUAGAGUGUUGUAUGUACGGGAAAGAAAGAUAAUCUAGAUCGUAUGUUAAGUAAUAUAUCCCUUUAAGAGAGGAGAAAAUUUGUUAUUAAGAGGAUAAUCCCCCUAGGCGCCACACCGAAGGUUGUAUCUCAAUGCCAUGAGAAACUUGAUGGAUUUUUCGCGACUAACUUCUCACAUUUUCGAGUGCUGGGUGAAUUUUAAACGAUGGCGAUACCCUCGACGAGGGAUACUCGUCCCGGCGUGUCCCGCCGAGAGUAUCGCUCAUGACGAGCUAAGCGUUGUCGUAACCAAAAAA